AUGGCUCUCAGACCUCACACGGUGACGUCAGCACCGACCUUCCAUUCCCGCCAAUUCCUCCACAGGCCCACAUUCCCGCCCAGAACUACUCUUCGCUUCCGAAACUCUUCGUCGACGCGAGCGAACUCCCUCACCGCCGAACAAGUCUCGUUCACGGGGGAAGAGAACUCCCUCGUCGAAGCCCUCAUCGGAAUCCAAGGCCGCGGCCGCUCCGCCUCUCCUCAGCAACUUAAUGAGGUUGAGAGCGCUGUGAAGGUUCUUGAAGCUCUGAAAGGAGUUCCUGAGCCGACAAGCUCGAGUUUGAUUGAAGGGAGGUGGCAAUUGAUGUUUACUACAAGACCUGGAACCGCCUCUCCAAUCCAAAGAACAUUUGUGGGGGUGGACUUCUUUAGUGUAUUUCAAGAGGUUUAUCUUCAGACAAAGGAUCAGCGUGUGUCGAAUAUUGUAAAGUUCUCUGAUGCAAUAGGUGAGCUGAAAGUAGAGGCAGAAGCAUCAAUCAAAGAUGGAAAACGAAUACUUUUUCGAUUUGACAAAGCGGCAUUUUCGUUUAAAUUUUUACCAUUCAAGGUCCCAUAUCCAGUGCCAUUCAGACUUCUUGGGGAUGAGGCAAAGGGUUGGUUGGAUACCACAUAUCUGUCCGAAUCUGGCAAUCUUCGUAUAUCGAGAGGAAAUAAGGGAACAACAUUUGUGCUGCAAAAGAAAGCUGAACCUAGGCAAAGACUAUUGUCAGUCAUCUCGACUGGUACAGCAGUUAAGGAGGCAAUUGAGGAGUUUAUCUCCUUAAAUCAAAAUGUAGGUGAAUCAGAACUCCAGGAGGGAGAAUGGAAAAUGGUUUGGAGCUCACAGGAAGAGACAGAUAGUUGGCUUGAGAAUGCUGCCAAUGGUCUUAUGGGCACACAAAUUGUCAAGGGAAAUGAACAAAUAAAGUUUGUGGUUGACGCGUUCCUUGGGCUCAAAUUCUCCAUAUCUGGAACUCUUGUAAAGUCUGGCUCCCGCACUUAUGAUGUUACAAUGGACGAUGCAGCCAUCAUUGGCGGUGGCUUUGGAUAUCCCCUAGAAGAGCUAGGAAGCAAGUUUGAACUAGAACUGCUAUAUAGUGAUGACAAGAUCAGAAUCACCCGGGGAUAUAAUAAAAUACUCUUUGUGCAUGUACGAACUGAUGGUUUGAAACAGAAACAUGUACGUAACGACGUAGCAAUGGCUAAUCAAAUGAAAGAAAAUUUCUCUGUCAAGGAGACCAAACCCUCUAUCCGUGCCAAGAAGCCGUUGCACGGUCCCACCACCUCCUUUGAUCUUGUGGAGGAGAUGUUAUAUCUGUAUGUCAGGAUUGAGAAAGCCAGAGGUGUGCCAGUUCAAAGUCACCUCCAAGUUGAACUGAAGAUUGGGAACUACAGAGGAGCCACAACAACCACGGCGCAAAGUCCACAGGGGGAGUUCAAUUGGUACCAGGUGUUUGCUUUCACCAAGAGCAGACUUCAAGAUACAACUGUGCAUGUUUCGGUGAAGGCUGAUGGAGGUGUUGUAAGCAAAUGUAGCUUUGGUGUAUCGGAAGCAUUGAGGAGAGUACCACCUGAUCCUCAAUUGGCAGCUCAGUGGUAUCGACUGGCGGAUACAAAAGGGAACGGAUUUGGAGGAGAGUUGAUGAUGGCAUUUUGGACUGGGACACAGGUUGAUGAGGUCUAUAAUGUUGCUUCGCAUUCUGAUGCAGUAGCAGCUCUUAGCGAUGAUGGUUUGUUGAGUAUUUGUCCAAGAGUGUAUCAUACCCCGAGGUUUUCGUACCUCAGAGUAAAUGUAAUUGCAGCACAGGAUUUGGUGAUCAAUGACAUCAACAACAGAGUCCAGCCGGUGCAGGUUUUUGUGGAAGCUAGUGUUCUGGAUUGUAAAUUUAGAACCAAAGCUUGUUCAACCAAGACUGUGGAUCCUAAGUGGAAUGAGGACUUGAUGUUUGUGGUUGCGGAACCAUUUGAUGCAACUUUGGUGGUGGAAGUCUAUGAGAAGGCAGUUGUUGUUAAUGGGGAAGUGAGACAUGGGGAACGUUUAGGGAGGUGUGAGAUUCCUAUAAAGAAUGUGGGGAAGAGGACUGAUAGAACACCGGCUGCUAGUCUGUGGUAUGAUCUUAAGCUCGUGCCGGAUCAGCCGAGAUUUGCUAGUAAGAUUAAUAUGAGGAUCAGUUUGGAUGGUGGAUAUCAUGUUUUCGAUGAUCCUACUGACUUUCCUAGUGAUCUUAGGCCGUCGGCAAAGGUUCUGUGGAGACCGCCUGUGGGGACUUUUGAACUUGGAAUUAUGAGUGCCUCUGGAUUGUCCCCAAUAAUGCCUAAGACUAGUGUGGACACUUUCUGUGUCGCUAAAUAUGGGCCAAAGUGGGUGAGGACUAGAACAGUCAUUGAUAAUCGUUCUCCAAAGUGGAAUGAACAAUACAUGUGGGAAGUCUUUGAUCAUUGUACAGUCAUAACUAUUGCAGUUUUCGAUAAUAAGUAUUUGCUCCAAGGGGGAGAAGUAGCUGCUCAUCAGGGAAUUGGAAGAGUAAGGAUUCGACUAUCCGAUCUUGAUUCUGGUAAAGUUUACACAAACUCGCAUCCCCUUGUGAGCCUAGAACGUUCUGGGGUGAUGAAGAGAGGUGAACUUCAAUUGUCUUAUCGAUUUUGUCCUACAUCUAAGUUUAAUGUGUACACUAGAUAUCCAGAGCCCCUUUUGCCCAAGCUGCAUUAUAUUCUCCCACUAUCGGUACCUCAGAUUCUCAUACUAAGGGCUCAAGCUGUUCGGCUUAUACAAAAAAUGUUGCAGAGGGCUCAAUUAAGCGGAGAGGUUGUGCAGUAUGUGUUGUUGGACAACAAAUAUUCUUUUAGUACGCGGAGAGCUAGGGCUAAUUUUUUGAGGUGUAAGAAACUUCAAGAAAGUUUCCUAGUUUGCAAGCAGCAAUUUGAUCGGCUGCUGAGUUGGUCUAAUCCACGCCAUACUAUUGGCUUUAUAAUUUUCCUCAUUGCAGCCCUUUGCUUCCCUAGUUUGGCACUAGCUUCCAUUUUUUUCACGAUUUCCGGUGUAGGGGCUUGGGGUUACAGGAAGAGGCCUAGACAACUUCCUCACAUAGACACCGAAUUGUCACAGCUUAAUAGUGUCGACCGUGACGACAUUGCCGAAGAGUUUGAUGGAGUUGUGACGGAGGAGAGACAUGUUCAACUUCAAAAGCUUUUAGUGGUUGUUCAGACACUGCUCGGUGACAUUGCAGCUACAGGGGAGAGGGUGCAGUCUUUGUUGAGUUGGAGGGAUAAAAGAGCUACACUUCUUGUUCUGAUACUUUCUUUCAUUGCUGGGCUUGUUUUUUACUUCGACUUUUUGGACUUGCGUGUUUUUUUCUAUGGGCCAAUCAUAUGGAUGUUCAUGCGUCCAUUUAUUCGUGGACUUAACCUCCCUUCAUAUUUCCACAACUUCAUUAGGAGAAUGCCAUCAAAGAUAGACAGCAUGCUAUAA